AUGAGCGACAGCGACGAUGAUAGGGGCCCGGCGCCCCCACAGCAGCGGAGGAAUCGCCAUAAGUUCCAGACGUUUGCACAACGCGUCAAUGAGGUGGAGGUCGACGUCUUCCGCCGUGCACAGCGCGUCCGCACGCAGCCGCUGGCCGGCAGCGACAGCUGGACGCACGAGGCGCUGCAGCAGUGGCGGGAGCUGUGCAGCGCGUCGGACUGGCUCGAUGCGGCGGCGGAGAUCAACCAGCUGGUGCAGACGAUGCCGCAGCUGGUGCACCACAAGGAUCAGGUCCUGUCCGCGCUCCUGUCGCGCCUGCGCCCCUCCGCGGCCCUCAGCCUGCCCGCGCUGCUGGACCUGAUAGCGGCGCUGGCGCGGGACCUCCAGGGAGACUUUGUGCCGCUGCUGCCGCGCGUCACCGCCGGGUAUGCCGUCCUGCUCUCUGCCGGCGGCGACCGCGACCCCGACACGCUGCAGGCCCUCUUCUCGUCCCUGGGGUCCAUCUACAAGGCAACUGCCCGGCAGCUGCUGCCCCGGCUGCCGGAGGUCCUGAAGCACACGGCCCCCAUCCGCUACAGCGAGGCCGACCACGUGCGCGCGCUCGCGGCGGAGACGCUCGGCUUCCUCUUCCGCCAGGCGUCCGACAAGCAGCUCAAGGCGGGCGCGCGCAGCUUGCUGGCGGAGCAAGCGGUGCGGCCGUGUGCCGAGCGCACGCACGGCGCGGGGCUUCUGCUGGCUGAGGCGGUGCUGGGCCCCAGCCACGGGCUGCACAGCCGCGCGCCGGCGGUGCUGCGGCUGCUGCUGCAGGAGGACGUGCUGAAGCCCUCGGAUUUCGGGAGCAAGCAGCGGCAGCAGCAGGAAGAGCAGCAGCAGCAGGAACAGCAGGAGCAGCAGCAGGAGCAGGAGGAACAGCAGCAGCAGGAGCGGGGGGAGGACGAACAACAGCAGCAGCACGUCGGAAAUGGUGGGCGGCAGGCUAACGGAGUCGAGCCGCGGCAAGACGGGGGCGAGCGGGCGCUCCAGCAAAACGGCGCCAAGAAGCGGGCACCAAAAGGCCUCUCGCAGGAGGCGCUCCGCGCGCGCGCCGCCGGCGUCGCGCACGUCGCGCUGCAGCGGCUGCUGGAGCACCUGCGCCGCGGCGCCUGCGCGCCGCUGUGGGACGCGCUGCUGUCGACCGCCAGCGAGCGCCUCGCGGCCGCGGACACCGCGGCGGCCGCCACCCAGGCCGGGGAUGAAGCGGGGCGUCAGGCGGCAGCGGCCGCGGCGGCCGCCGCAGAGGCGAGCGCGGCGCGCGCGGCGCUGCACCUUGCGCAGGCUGUGGCUUACUACCGGGGCAGCCGGGUGGAGGACUAUGGCCAGCUGUUUGCAGCCUGCAAGCGCCUGGUGCAGCGCUUGCAGAGCAGCAGCAGCGACAGCAGCAGUAAGGCUGCCGGCAGCGGCGCCGGCACUGCUGCACCCCUAAUUGCGGGCGGCCCCGCGGCGCCCCAGGCGCAGUGGCAGCUCGUGGACGCGGCUGCCGACGUCCCAGACGCGUCCGCGUAUGCUGGCGUCCGCCUCCCGGCAGCUUCCCUGCAGCUGCUGCUGGCGGUCGCCCACGGCCACCUGAAAGCGGUCGGCGCGAGCCAGGGCCCGGCCGCGCUCGCGCGCGCGGCGCCCGCGUGGGCGGCGGCGUUCUCUGGCGGCGCGUGCGGCGGCGAGGACGUCCUGCGGUUCGUGCGCGGCCUCGUGUUCCCGCCGGGCGGGGGCUCGGAAGUUGCGGAGGCGUUUGCGCAGCAGCUGCUGGGCGCCCUCGGCCGCCUCAUCCUCGCCGAGGGCGGCAGCGGCAGCGGCGGCGCAGCAAGCGUCGGCGCUGGGGGCGUGGCGGACCGCGCGCUGGGACUGCUGGUGGACGCGUGCGGCGUGCUGCGCCCCGGCGCGGCCGCGGGCCAGGGGCUGCCGCUGCUGCUCGCCGCGCGGCCCGGCGGUGCAGAGUUAGCGGCGCACGUGCGCCGCCUGGUGUCCGGCUGGCGGCCGGGCGGCGGCGGUGAUGGCGGCGGCGGCGCGCGCACCGAGCUGAUGCGCUGCUGGGCGGCCGUGCAGCUGCUGCCGCAUGCGUGUGACAAGGCGGCAGACGCGCUGCAGCUGUGCCAAGGCGUGGUGGCUCUGGUGGACGGAGCUUUGGUCGCACUUUUGCCAUCUGAGCAACAGCAGCAGCAGCAGCAGCAGCAGCAUCAGCAGCAGCAGCAGCAAGAGCAGCAGCAGCGGCAGGCAGAGGGGGACGGCGCGCAGCGGCUCAGCACCGGCCCCUCUGCUGCAGCGGAAGCAGCGGCGGGCGCAAGCGAGGUGGACGAUCUCAUCCAGCUGCGCGCGGCGGCGAGCGCCACCCUGGCCCGCAUCCUGCCGGACUGCGCGCUUGCUGCGCUGCCGGUUGCGGCUGCGGCGGCGCUGCGCCUGGCGGUGCGGCGGCCGCGCGACUUUGCAGCCGUGGACGCGGCGGCGCAGAUGCUCGAAUCCCUUAGGGAGCUGGUUGGGGCGCAGGAGGACGCAGCUGCCGGCGGCGGCAGCGGCGACAGCGCGGCGACUGCGCUCGAGCGCUUCGGUGGCGACGCCGCGGCGCUCGGCGCCGCGCGCCGCCAGCUGUCGGUUGCUGAGCUGGAGGCCGCCGCACGCGGCCUCGCGCCCGCCCUGUCCGAGCCGUCGCAGUCGCUGCGCGGCGCCGCGCUCCGCGCGCUCUGCGCGUUCGACCAGCCCGCCUACGCCGCCGGCGGCGCGCACGCAGGCUCCGCUGCAGAGGCGCGUGGGCAGGCGCCCGCGUUUGCGGGCGUGCGCUGCGAGGCGCUCGACGCGCUGCAGGACAUGCAUUGCCAGCGCGCGACGCUGGAGCGCGGCCGCAAGUGGGCCGUCGCGCUGGGGCGGGUGCAGAACCACAUUGAGUACGGUCGCAUGCCGGCGCCCAUCCUAGGGGCCGUGCUAGCUGGGCUGGUCGGCGUGUCCCACAUCCGCUUUCAGCCGCUGUGGCAGCCGGCCGCCGACGCGCUGGGUGCGGCCCUCGGGCCGCACCAGGCGGCGGCCUGGCCGCUGGCGCUGGGGCAGCUGCGGCGGACGCAGGCAGCGUUCCUAGCCGGCGGGCGGCCGCAGCGCCGUGCGGCCGCCGCAGCCGCCGCCGAGGAGGCGGCAGAUGCUGCCGGCGGCGCAGCAGGCGGCGGUUGGUUGCUUGCGGAGCGGUUUGAGCAGCAGCUGGCGCAGGGUUCUUCUGAGCGCGCGGGCGGCAGCACGAGCGACGGCGAGCGGCUGGGGUGGCUGCUGAAAGCCAUGGCCAAGGCGCCGUCCGAGGUUCUGGAGCGCGGCGGCAAGGAGUGGGUGCCUCUGUUCCUUGCUUAUGCGGCGGUUGGGCGGAAGCUGAGCGGGGACCACCCAGAUGACGAGGAUGGCGAGCAGCAGGAGGAGCAGGAGCAGAAAGAGCAGCAGCAGGGGGAGCAGCAGCAAGAGCAGCAGGCGGUGCAGCAGCAGCCGUCGCCGGCGGCGGGUUCCAAGCGCAAGCGCGGCGCUGACGCCGGCGCCGAUGCAGGCGGCAGCGGGGCCGGCGGCGGCAGCGCGGUGUAUGUCGGCGUGGGCGGCAAGGCGUGGCGGCAGCAGAUGCUGGAGUGGCUGGGGCUGCUGGCGGCCGUCAAGGGGGCUCGCAGCCUAUUCAGGGCGCCCGAGGUCCAGCAGGCAGCUGCCCAGCAGCUGCUCUCCCCCGAGCCGCCGCUCCAGGUCGCCGCCCUCAAGUGCCUGCGCCCCUUCCGGCUGCCGUACCUGCCCGGCCCGCUGCUGCAGCGGCUGCUGCGGCUGGCGGACAACGCCACGCUGAGGGAGGAGCUGGUGGCGCUGCCCAUGGCGCAGGGUGCUGAGGGCGGCAUCGCGGACGAGCACAGAGCAGGCUUUGUGCCGCUGCUGAUCAUGGUUCUGUUCCCGAAGACGCGCAAGCGCUCCGGCCGCCUCGGCGGCCGCGGCGCGCCCGGCAGCGCGCGCGCCGCCGUGCUCAACGCGCUCGCGGCGCUGCAGCCGCUGGAGCUGCGGCCGCUGCUGGAGCUCCUUCUAGAGCCCCUCGGCGGCUGCUUCUCAGACCCCGAUUUGGACUCAAACGCCGCCGCCGAUGGCGCGACGCCGCGCAGCAAGCGGCCGCGGUUUGAGGGGGCCGCGCAGGUGCCCGGCAGCUUCGCGGCCGCCGACGCGGACGGCCUCGACCGCUGCCGCCUCGCGCCGCCGCCGUGGUGGUCGGCGCGCAUGGGGGCCGAGGGGCUGUCGUGCCGCUGCUGCCGCCGCUGCUGGCGCUGA